AGAUACUACUGUAGCUGCCACAGUCAUCAUGAACGCUAAGGUCCUGCUCCUGGUUUGUUUUGCAGCCGUUGUUGCUGCGGACAGUUUUGAAUCCGCCGAAUCAGGUGAAUACAACUUCAACUGGGCCGUCAAACACGACGACUCCGGCAACGACUUCGGCCACCAGGAAGUCCGCAAUGGAGACGACACCCAGGGGUCCUACUACGUGCAGCUCCCCGACGGCCGCCUGCAGACCGUCAGGUACGUCGUGGACGGCGACAACGGCUACGUGGCUGAGGUGAGCUACGAGGGCGAGGCUCGAUACCCCGACUCCAAUGAAUCAAAGUGAAGAGAUUCUGUUGGCCUCUACGUG